AUGUUCAAUAUCAAGACAUAUAACUCGAAGCAUACUUGUACCAUAUCGUUUGAGGCGAUACGCGAAUCUGAGACCACAAUCGCGGAUGACCGUACUGAUAUAGUGACCUCGAAGAGGAAGGGGAGAGAUCAUCGCCAAGCCACUAGUUUGAUAAGUAGUGAAUUUGGUGUCGAUCGUAUGAGUUUGGGGCUGACCUGCACGGCAAAGGAAAUUCAAUAUCGUAUGAGUGAGAUGUAUGGUGUUGAGAUUAGUUACAAGAAAGCGUGGAAGGGUAAAGAGAUAACAACCAAACAAGUCUUGGGAUCCUACGAGGGUUCUUAUAAUGAGCUCCCGGCGUAUCUUCACAAGUUGAAAAAGACCAAUUUAGGGACUGUGACGGAGUUGCAGUGCAUCAGAAGCCUAAAUUUACAUGUUUGGAGGGUGUUGUGUGUUGAUGCUGCAAACUUAAUAGGAAGGUACAAGGGCGUUCUCUUCAUGGUUACUGCAUUGGAUGGAAACAAUCACAUCCUCCCUGUGGCGUAUGGGAUUGGAGAAUCUGAGAACAAUAGUAGCUGGAGGUGGUUCCUUGGGAUUUUAUCCAAGUUAAUCGGGAAUCUUCCAGGACUAGUGAUAGUGUCAGAUCAUCACAAAGGAUUGGUUAGUGAAGUCCCUAACAUGUUCCCGCAUGCGAUCCAUGGAUAUUGUGCUCAUCACAUACUUGGAAACAUGAACAAGGCAUGUUCAGAUGAUUCAAUGAGGGAAUACUUUUGGGGUGCUGUUAAGACGUACCGGACAUCAACGUUUCGAGAGAUGAUGCGAUGCAUUCAAAUGUUGAAUCCCACGGCGUAUCAGUUCCUCAAUGGUAUAGAAAAAGAAAGAUGGGUGACCUCUUUCUUUCCUGGCAUGCGGUAUAACAUCGUCACCACCAACAUCAUGGAGAGCAUGAGUGUAUUGUUUGUAGAUACAUGA